GAGGGAAGGAGAAAAAAAGCAGGAGACAGAAGAAACACACGGACACAGAUCUUUGUGCCGCGGCGAAUAGAACAGGAGCAAGUAGGAGAAAGAGGUGCAUCUUUCAUUUUUCUCCUUGGGGAUUUAAGCCUCUUGCAGUUUGGCUUCAAGGCUUGAAUAGGGUUUCCCUUCUUGUCAAACGUGGCUCCGUGCUCUGAAGACGGGACUUUGUUUUGAAACUGAGGGGGUGAAUAGAGGGGGGGUAGAGGGACACUUGCUUUUACAGCCUUUGGAGCCAACCUGCUUGACAGAUGGCACCGGCAAAAUAAUCUUUGACUCUAACCCAGGAACCACAUCUCUCUUCGCUCACUGAGGAAGUAACUUGGUGGAAACGGCAACAAGCUGGUGCACAGGACACGGACCUCAACAACUACAACAACCACAAGUGAGACCUACUGUGUGCUCCUCUCCCUCAGGGAUGCCAAAAUAAGAACCAAGUGAGAACAAUGCCAAAUUCUGCACCUAAGGGCUGACAUCUGGUGCCUUUCCCUUUAACAUGAACAGCAGCAGCUAAGGUACCUGCUCCUCCGACGCCUUGGACAGCAGCAUAGCUGCCUGACAGUCCCCUGGGAGGACCAGCAAGGGAGUUGUGUUACAGUCCCUGUCAGGCCUUAUGCAUGUUUCAUCCGCUGCUCUCAGAACAGAAGCCUCUUUUGUUAUCUAAUCUAGCCCUCUUCUUCUCAGCCUGAGUUUAUUGCAACAAGACUGUUCUUCACAGACUGUCAACCAGACGCCAAGCUGAUACAUAUUCAGCAGCUCAGAGCAAGAAGAGGACUUUGUUAGGCAUAAGAUAUCUGGACCUGUUUUAUAAUCCCUGGGUAGCACUUAUAAAGGACCUAAAAUAUCAAGAGUGAUGUUAGAACCAAAAUCAGACUUUAAGCUACAAAACUAAACAAUCCAGAGAAUUUUGUUUUUGGCUUUUUGAGUUUUAGAAGACUUGGAGCCAUGAGUGACACUCUGCGACCUCCGUCACUCCAGGUGAGUGUCCCAAAAGAUGCCCCGGCUUACUCUGAUGGAGGAAACAAUGCUGUGUCAGACGGUUCUGUGCGAUCCAGCUCCUCGACCCCAACUCUCCGCCGCAAGCGCUUCAAAAUGCGUCGCAUGAGGAAUGUGCCAAGUGAGAGGGAGAACCCAAGAGCCCGGCUGACCAAUGUUCAGCUCACAGCCAGAUCCCGAUCCAGCUCCAAGGAGUACCUCCAGUUGCCUUCAAUUGAAAUCACUCCCUCCAGCGAUGAAGAUGCCCCAUCUUCCUGGUCAAGCUGUUCUACUCCCAGUGCUUCUCCACGCCGCAGACGUUUUCUUUUGAGGAGGUGGCUGAAGGUCAGAGAGAAGAAGGAGCAAGGCAGUGAAAGCAGCAGCCAGCAAAGCAGUCAGCAGAGCAGCCUGCAGAGCAGCCAUGAAGAUGAAAGCACUCGCUUCUUGACACCACAGAUCCGAGAGGAGAGGUCUGACAGUGCAGCGGACAAAAUAAGCACUGCCAGUAACUCAAAUAAGAGCUCGCCCACCUGCUCACCAGUCCUGCGUAAACGUUCGCGCUCUCCAACACCACAGACCCAGGAGGGUGAGAACAUGGUGGAGAAGGGUUCAGACCACUCCUCCGACAAGUCUCCCUCCACACCUGAGCAGGUCGUCCAGAGAACAUACUCUGUGCAAUCGGCGCGUAGCGGCGGAAAGAACUCCAAGUCUCACAAGCGACUUUCCAAAAAGAGCCAAAGCUGGUACAAUCAUGAAAGGCAGCACAUCAUGAGAGUGCUGAGCCCAACAUACAAGCAGCGCAAUGAGGACUUCAGGAAACUCUUCAAGCAGCUCCCUGACACAGAGAGGCUCAUUGUGGACUACUCCUGUGCUCUUCAGCGGGACAUCCUCCUCCAGGGACGGCUCUACCUCUCCGAGAACUGGAUCUGUUUCUAUAGCAACAUUUUCCGCUGGGAAACUCUCCUGACAGUGCGGCUAAAGGACAUCUCCUCGAUGACGAAAGAGAAGACAGCUCGUCUGAUUCCCAAUGCUAUCCAGGUCUGCACAGACAAUGAGAAGCACUUCUUUACCUCAUUUGGAGCCAGAGACAGGACGUACAUGAUGAUGUUCAGACUCUGGCAGAAUGCCCUGCUUGAAAAGCCCCUGUGCCCCAAAGAACUUUGGCACUUUGUCCAUCAAUGCUACGGCAACGAGCUGGGCCUAACAAGUGAUGAUGAGGACUAUGUCCCUCCUGAUGACGACUUCAACACCAUGGGGUUCAGCGAGGAGAUUCCCAAUGAAGAGAACGAGAUAAACAAUGACAACUUGACAAAGAACAGCACAGACGCCAAGCCUGAGGGGAGUCCUCCUUUACUGCACAAGAAAGUUAUCCCAAAUAACUCCCUUCCAAGCCCAGGAAACCAUGAAACAACCAUUACUUUUGAACUCCCUGCUGAGGAAUUUGCAGACUGUCUACCGGAUGGUGAGCUGCUCACAGUGCCCCUAGUGGUAGAGGAUAAGAACGACACCAGCGGGCCUGGUGGUCCUGUUCCCUCACCUUCGCUGGACUUUAAUGAUAACGAAGACAUCCCCACUGAGCUCAGCGACUCUUCAGAGACCCAUGACGAGGGUGAGGUGCAGGCCUUCCAUGAAGACCUAAAUGGCAGACAACAUAUCAACGAAGUGUACAAGUUCAGUGUGGACAAGCUCUAUGACAUCCUCUUCACAGAGUCUCAGUUUAUGAGUGACUUCAUGGAACAGAGGCGUUUCUCAGAUAUCGUGUACCACCCAUGGAAGAAGGAGGAUGCAGGAAACCAGUCCAGGGUUAUCAUGUACACCAUCUCUCUGUCUAACCCUUUGGCACCAAAAACAGCCACAGUCACAGAGACGCAGACUCUGUACAAAGCCAGUCAGGAGAGUGAGUGCUACAUCAUCGAUGCCGAGGUGAUCACGCAUGACGUGCCCUACCAUGAUUACUUCUACACGCUGAACCGCUACAUGCUCACACGGGUGGCUAAGAAUAAAUGCCGGUUACGGGUUUCAACAGAGCUGCGGUACAGGAAGCAGCCAUGGGGGCUGGUCAAAGGUUUCAUUGAGAAAAACUUCUGGAGUGGACUUGAAGAGAACUUCCGCCAACUGGAGGUGGAGCUGUCCAAGCUGGAGGAGCUGAUGGAGACCCACCAGCUGUCUCCGAAGGCCAAGGUGGUGAAGAAUGCUACGGUGAGGCGGAAGAAGAGGCCCCUUCCCCACAUGCGCAGCCAACACCUGGAUGAGGCCCUCAGCCCUGUUACCACGCCGACAGACGAGGAAGUGAUUCAGAGAAUCAAACAUGUGGUGGGCUCCACGCAGACCAGGCACCAAAGUCCAGAACACCAUCACCUGCCAGGAGGCCUAGCUCUGUACAGUGUCUCCAAACUGCUGCUUAUCAUCAGCUUUGUGAUCUGUCUCAGCUUGGUCCUCCUGGUGUUCCUCAACAUGAUGCUCUUCUACAAGCUUUGGAUGCUCGAGUACUCUGCACAGUCCUUAACAACAUGGCAAAGUCUGCGGCUUCAGGAGAGUAAGCUGCCUCAGACCCAAAUGGAGUGGGCUCAGCUCCUGGAGGCGCAGCAGCGUUACCACGACGCCGAACUGCAGAAGUGGAGAGACAUCAUAAAGUCGUCAGUAGUGCUGCUGGACCAGAUGAAAGACUCUUUAUUGAACCUCCAGCGAGGCAUUGGUUUGAGAGACUACAGCUCUGAGACCGAGGAGAAGAAAAGUCGUUAUCACUGACACACCACCACAAGGCCAUGAGGGCAUGCCGUGCAAUACAAGGACCUGUUUUGUUUGUCAAGUGGUAUGAAGACAGCAGCAGCAGGACAGGGGCAGGGAGGGAGGCGGGACCAACAGUGAGCGGGUCCAAAGUCACAAAGGAAGGGAUGGUAGUGGUUUCCCAAGCAUGGAAGUUAAAGUGCCCCAGAGAGGGGAGCACUGGAGGUAUCCCUGAUAUCUCUGAGGCACCAUAAGAAGAGGCGAGACUUUCUCGCUCUUAACACCAGUAGGGAAACUGUUCUCUUCUCCUCUUUUUUUAUUUUUAUGUGCAUCCUACUGUAAGCCAUGUGAACCGGAGAGUCUCCGAGAUAAAGAAGGAACUACUGCAUGCAUGUAGACAACCAUAGUCCUCAGUCAGUGUUAAUAUGGUCCAGUUCCAGUCUAUGUAUGUCAGAAAAAAAAAAAGAAUAGAAAAAGAGAGACCCAGAGUCCUAAACUCUCUUGACUGUUCCAAAAAUGAAUCGUCCCUUCGGAGUCCACGCUGUAGCGUCCCUUUAACGAAGCCCCCAGCUGAUCCGAGCGCAGGUUUAACGAAACAGAACUGGUGUUAGAACCGGGAGUCGAGCUUUACUGAUCCCUCCCUGUUGCCUUGUUUAAACCUGGCCUGUAUGGAUCCUGUCAGGGCUGGCUCCCUGUCAGACCAACAUGUCAAAAUGUUCAUCUGUGGAAUACUAAGAUUCCACUUUGUCUUAUCAGCAGAACCAGUCAGAUGGUUACUAACUACAACUUUGCAUUAUAUCUCCUCCUGAUGAAGUGGAAUGUAUUAGCCUAUUAGGACUUGGUCAGAUGUUUAAUACGUCUUCUAACAAUUAAAUUGGGGACUCUGCAGCCAGGCCAGUAGGAAGAUCUUAUAUGUUUUAUUACUAAACUGUGAUGAAAUCUCUUUAUAGAUGUUUCAAAUUGCAAAGGAUUCUAUGAAUAUAUUUGAAAUAUAUAAGAAUAUUUCAUUAUUUAUUAUAUAUAUUUCAAUAUAAGCAUAUAUAAAUACAUGAGCUAUAUUUAUUGUUAAUUUAUGUACAAACUGAAAUUCUCAGCGCUCGAGACAAGUUAGAGUUUCUAAUGAAAAGUGUUUUCUUCUAAGAAAUGCAUGCCAGAUAUGUCUGUGACAUGUCCAGUGUGCAAGUAUGACUCUGCAUUUGCGCGAUUAUAUUCGCGCUCUUUCGUUUGGGUGUGUAUGGGUGGGUGUCUGUGUGUGAGAGAAUGAGAGAGAGUGGGUUCCGUGUGCGUGCUUACACAUGUGUGCUGGAAAGUGUGACAUUUUUACCAUUCCACACUCGUAUGUCUCUUACUUUUACUCCUUUUAUUUCUGGCUCUCUGCAGCCGGACUGCCUUUUUUUUUUUUUUUCUGCUUAUGCAUUUUGGGUGUCGCCUUUCAUUAUAGUCCCACAUUGGUGCAGUUUACAGUACGAAGAGUUUUGUUCCAAAGUGAUUCAGAUUCAUGUGAUGAAAAAAUGAAUCCCUGCUUUCAUAAAGUGAUUGGUUGCAAAAGUAAACACAUUAUUUAAAGUGUUUCUUAGAAGAAGGUCACAGUUGUACAAAAACUUUUGAUUUGACAUCUGUGGGCAAGUCCUUCGCUCAUGUUACCACUCCAUUACAGUAGCCUGAUCUCUAUUGGUUAAAUACAGACCUUUAGACAUCUUGACAAAGGUCAGUGAUGAUUUGCACCAAUUCUGUGUCUGUAAAAGUUAUUUAGAGAAUAAAAAAACAAGACAAAUCAUAGAAAACUUGACAUCUCUAAAUUUAAGUUCUAACUAAUAAAAAAAUAAUGCAUGUAGUUUUAAUAAUGUUUCUCAAAAUGUCAAAAUAUCCCUUUAAAUUUUGAUUAUUGUAAUUCUUUCCAUUCACAGUGUCUUUCUAGGUGCAAUAAAAGCAUGAAACACAACUUACUGAACCAAAAGUUAAGAUUAAAAUUGCACCAUCACACUUUCUCACAUCGUUUUGAAUGGAGUUUUUCAUCAU